UGACGGUGUGUAAAGGUGUAAAGCUGUAAAACUGACGGAUGUCACAGGGCAGAAGUUAAACCUGACUCUGACCCUCAGUCAGGGAAGUCGGUAUUCACACGGUGCUCCUCAUUCACUGAACAUCCAGACGUCUUUCAACACAAACACAGCCUCCAGUGACCGCGUGUGAACCCGGCACCAUGUCUGAAGCCGUGGGGAUGGAGCCCCAGAGAGCCAGCGGCUUCCUGGAGUCGUCCUGCGGCGCGGGGAGCAGUGCAGCUUCCCUCGAUGACGGCAUCGCGGACACAGCAAAUGAGUCUUCAGGGGAAGAGUCUGCAGGGGAAAGGGAAGAGGAGAACAUCAACAGAAGCACCAUGACUACAGAGGCCGUCGCUGAACAGACUGCGAACACACAAACAGUGAAAGCUGAGCGCCCAAACUCCCUGUCGGUGCCAGCUGCAGGGGAACCCGGCCUGUGGACUUCUCAGGGUGACGCUCAGGUGAAACUGAGGAUGGGGGACUCCGGUCUGGCUGCUGAAACCCCUUUGACCAUCAACCAGAUGUUCACCUCAUCUGUAGAGCGCUUCGGCGAAUACACCGCUCUGAGCUGGAAGGAGGGCGAGCAGCAGAAGACCCUCAACUACAAAGAAUAUUACCAGACCUGCCGCUCUGCUGCCAAGAGCUUCCUCAAGCUGGGUCUGGAGAAAUAUCACGGAGUUGGCAUCCUGGGCUUCAACUCUGCAGAGUGGUUCAUCGCUGACAUCGCAGCCAUUUUAGCAGGGGGGUUCGCUGUUGGCAUCUACACCACCAACUCUCCUGAGGCGUGCCAGUAUGUAGCAGACAACUGCAAGGCCAAUAUCAUUGUGGUGGAGAACCACAAACAGCUGCAGAAGAUCCUUCAGGUUGAAGACAAGCUGCCGCACUUGAAAGCAAUCAUUCAGUACAAAGAUGCACUAAAAGAGAAGAGACCAAAUUUGUACUCGUGGGCAGAAUUCAUGGAGCUCGGACAGGACGAACCCGACGCACCGCUCGACGCGAUCAUCUCCAGCCAGAAGCCAAACCAAUGCUGCACGCUCAUCUACACCUCAGGGACUACAGGACAACCCAAAGGAGUCAUGCUCAGCCAUGAUAACGUAACAUGGACCGCACUCGCCACCUGCAGUCACGUACGCCUGAGGGACGCCACUCACACUCAGGAGUCUGUGGUCAGCUACCUGCCGCUCAGCCACGUCGCUGCUCAGAUGGUUGAUAUCUGGUGCACCAUGAAGGUGGGAGGAGCGACGUACUUCGCUCAGCCAGAUGCACUGAAGGGCUCUCUGGUCAACACUCUGAAGGAGGUGCGUCCCACAGCCUUCAUGGGCGUCCCUCGUGUCUGGGAGAAGAUGCAAGAGAAGAUGAAGUCUGUCGGAGCCAAGUCUUCCACCGUGCAGAGGAAGGUGGCGGCCUGGGCCAAAGACGUCGGUCUGCAGACCAACCUGACAAAAAUGAAUCAAAACGGAGCAGCCGGCCACGCUCCUUUGAGUUAUAAACUCGCCAAAAAACUCGUGUUCAAGAAGGUGCGUAAAGCUUUGGGCCUGGACCGCUGCAGCAAGUGCUACACAGGAGCCGCUCCCAUCACCAAAGACACCCUGGAGUUCUUCCUCAGCCUGGACAUUCCUCUGUACGAGCUUUACGGCAUGAGCGAGAGCACCGGACCUCACACCAUCUCCAUCCCAGAGGCCUUCAAGCUCACCAGCUGUGGCAAAGAGAUGCCAGGAUGCAAGACAAAGCUGCACAACCCGGACGAGGAGGGGAACGGCGAGAUCUGCUUCUGGGGACGUCACGUCUUCAUGGGUUACCUCAACAUGCCGGACAAGACCGAGGAGGCUCUGGAUGCAGAGGGAUGGCUGCACUCAGGAGAUCUGGGCAAACAUGAUCAGAAAGGAUUCCUCUUCAUCACUGGAAGAAUCAAAGAGCUCAUCAUCACAGCAGGAGGAGAGAACAUUCCUCCUGUUCCCAUUGAGGACGCCGUGAAGGAGGCCGUGCCUCUGAUUAGUAACGCCAUGCUGAUCGGAGACAAGAGGAAGUUCCUAUCCAUGCUGCUCACCAUCAAAUGCCAGCUGAACGCAGAGACAGGAGAACCAGAGGACGAGCUGACACCUGAAGCUCUUGAGAUCUGCAAGAAGCUGGGCAGCAGCGCCACGCGUGUCUCUGAGAUCGCAGGGGGCCGAGACCGAGUGAUCCACACCGCCAUCCAGGAGGGGAUCAACCGGGUCAACGAGAAGUCCAACUCCAACGCUCAGCGCAUCCAGAAGUGGGUCAUUCUGGAUCAGGAUUUCUCAGUGACAGGAGGAGAGCUGGGCCCGACCAUGAAGCUGAAGCGUCCAGUAGUGGCGAAGAUGUACAAGGAGCAGAUCGAGAACUUCUACAAGGAGCUGGCGACUCCCACCACUCCAGACAACCCCCUGCCUCCCAAAUAAAACCCUCUACUCCUCCCCCUGCAGCGGGAACCUCGACGGACACACACCACCUCACGCCUCCCCCCCCUCCCCGCUGCAGGUUCUCCUCCUGUAAAAAAAAACGUUUGAUCGCCUUAAGUUUUGCUCGUUCUGUCUCGGUUUACAUUCGCGACUGCUCUAUGAAAAGGAAAGUAAACAUAUGAAGCCAUUUUGGACACAAUAUCAAUAAGCUUAAUUAACAUCGACUAUUUAUUUGGUUGAACAGUGAUAUCGGGUAGAUGAAGUAGAACCAGCUGUGUGAGAGAAAAGUUGUUUAUUGCACUGAAUUACUUGACAUAAACAGAAUCCAAAAAGUGGACAGGAUAUUUGUAAAGGAGUAAUUUGUGUUUUCCAACAUGUUUUUCUUAAUUUAUUUUCGUUUUGCCAAAGUUUACGCAGGCCAAAUGAGCUUCAAAUGAAGAAACAUUUCUAAAGAAGGCUUCACAUGAAAUCAGCUAUCAUAUCCAAUGUUCAUCUUUUACAUGUAUCUGGUGGUUUCUGAUUGUCUUCAUGAGAAAAUAAGCAUUUAUUCUAUCCAUGUGUUGAAAAGUCUGCAGGUGUAGUUAGUUGCAGAUCCGUGUUUUUCAAACGUCUGAUACAUAUGAAUCCAAAUCUUGUUCCCACGCUGUAUGAACCGUCAUUGAAGCCAUAUUUUGCCUUUUUGUAAUGGUAACGUUCGUCUGUAUGCUGACUCACAGCAGCCUGCACACCCGCCUGGUCCUGUUUUAAUGAGCAGUCCCUCCGUGUGUAGACCUGCUGUGUUUGUGUUAUAUUGUAAAUAUGUGUAGCCUCCAUUAUCACCUUUCACUUGUCUGUAUUUAAACGUCUUUUACAGGUGAUUCUUCUCCCAGAUAUUCAAACGUUUUAUUGCACUCAAACAUUAAAAGGAAUUAGAACAGGACAUGUACAUAACUGAGUUGAAGUGUAGGGGUGUAGCAUUGAAACAGCGUUGUUUUCAUCCAAAGCUUGAAGCAAUCGAAUGAGCUGACCUUGUAAAUGAAGUAAUUGUAAAUAGAAAGCAGAUCUUUGGGAUUUGUCGCCCUCUGGUAGCCUAAAGUGAAGGUUAUUGUUCACUGAAGUUCAGGGUUCAAACCGAUAAUAAAAUGUUUGUUUUAAAAAAAAAAAAGUGAUGAAGUGAGGAAAUGAUGGUGAGUCAGUGCGUCAGGGUGAGUGACUCUCUGGACAUCUUAAAUCCAAACAGCAUCCAUCCACACAGUAAAGAAGCAUUGGAGAGGUUUUAGUUCUGAAAAGUGACAAAACCUCAAACUCGAGACCCCCUGACAGAACACUGGACUCACCUGACUCCAAACAGCUGUUGUCAUUUGUUGUGAACAAUAUCAGGGUUUUAAAAAAAUGGAAAUAUGCACGAAGCAGGCCUGUGAAUAUCUGUGUGUUUGAGCAGUUAUGUAAUAAAAUGUAUAAUCUUAA